UCCUCAGUUACAACUCCUCUUGACUCUCUCUAUCUGUCUCUCUCUCUCUAAAAACCACACAAAUACACACUCUUUCUCUUUCUAUACCAACACGUUUUCUUUAUACUUUUACUGAUGUUUGCGUUAUAGCUUGUUGCAUUCUUAAUGUUAUCAAGAAGAAAUGACAAGUGAAUACUCUCUACAAGUUUUUAUCCCACAAAACUAAAUGGGGAAGAAAGGCAGUGGCUGGUUUUCAACUGUCAAGAAGGUGUUUAAGCACCCUUCAAAGGACUCGUCGGAGAAGAAGAAGGAAAAUGUCGAGAAAUGGCAAUUCGAAGUGCCAGAAGUUGUGUCCCUUGAACAUUUCCCGGUUGAAAGUUCGGAUGUUACAAAUGUUGAGAGUAUUGAGUCGUCUUCAGUGGCUGAAAAUCAGAAUCAUGCUAUUGCUGUAGCUGAGGCGACUGCUGCUGCGGCUGAAGCUGCUGUUGCAGCUGCUCAAGCAGCCGCCAAAGUCAUUAGAUUGGCCGGUUAUGGACGACUCUCCAAGGAAGAAACGGCAGCAACUGUUAUACAAUCCUAUUACAGAGGAUAUCUGGCAAGGCGAGCAUUACGAGCUUUGAAAGGAUUGGUAAGGCUGCAAGCUCUAGUGAGAGGCCAUAAUGUGCGCAAGCAAGCUCAGAUGACAAUGCGAUGCAUGCAAGCACUUGUACGCGUGCAGUCAAGGGUACGUGCACGAAGACUUCAACUAGUCCACGACAAGUUACAUGAACAAGUAGAAGAGAAAAUGAGACUAGAUCGAGAAGAUAAGAAGAAAUGGAGUCAAAAUGAAACCCACAAAAUUACCAGGAAAAAUUCUCUGUGGAAACAUGAUUCUGAAAUGCAAAGGGAGAGAGCUCUGGCCUACUACCAGCAACAACACGAACGAGUUUUAGGUUCUAAUCAAAACUUUGACGAUGACGGAAUUUACGGCCCCGAGAGCGAAGAAUCCCAAUGGGGGUGGAAUUGGCUCGAUCAGUGGAUGGGUGCACGACCCUACGAUUCUCGACAAAUGGUGGCGCUCGGAAGUUCCUACGUGACAGGUACCACAAUAGACAUGAUGUCUGAGGAAACUGUUGAAAAGGACUCGAUCACAGAAAACGUGAACAUGGGCCGACACAGCGGAGGCCCAACUGAGACAGGCCUGUACACCAGACGAAAACCACAACGUACUGGCUCGAACGAUGUCCCUAGCUACAUGGCCCCAACAAAGUCUGCAAAAGCAAAAGUAAAGAACCACGGUCCAGUCAAGCAGCAAAGCGCACAAGGAGCCCAGUGGAACUCAUCAACCAAAAAGGAGAUUAUGAAUGGGCUUAGCUAUGACUCAUCCAGCUCAGGUGGACCAACAUUUUAUCAGGCUUCAAGGAUCCCAAGCCCAAAGAAUAAUCGACGUGGACCGGAAAAAUGCAUUGCAGGCCGUAGCCCAGAAUCCAGUAGCGAAUGGAGACAUAAUUUGGGCUGAUUGGAUAAUUAUCCCAAGAGAGAACUCAUGGGGUUCCGUACAUCAAUGUCUACUAUCACUUGCAUCUCUAGCCAAAGACCGGCAUUCCAACUAUUCCCUGCUCACUCUUAUCGGUGCUUCCUUCUGAUAUAGAUAUUUCUACUAUAGGAUGAAUUUCAUUACACUUUCUAAGUGUUCGAUUGUUUGUAUUGUAUGUUCAUAACUUAAAAUCUAUUUACUCUACCUUCCUUUAGGGAUUAGUAAAUUCCAUGAGAAGAAAACAGUGUGUCAAAAUGUAAUAAUAAUAUUGGUCUA